AUGAAACGAACCGCCACUGCCAAACCUCGUCCCAAACUUCCAGAUUAUUGCGAUGUUGAGCCACGGCGUGAUGAUGCCGGGAACCCAAUCUGGCCAGCCCCAGCGGCUGCCAUGGAGGAGGCGAGAGCCUUCAUAAAGGAAUGCGCAGCAAGUGGGAAGAAAGCUCUUAUUGUACCGGAUAAAGAUGCGGACGGCCUGUCAUCAGGCGUCAUUCUCCAUCGGACGCUGACGAGUCUCGGCCUCGAUCCAUCCUUGAUCGAUGUUCAUCUGAUUCAGAAGGGUUCAACCAUCCACACUCAGUCAGAGCGUGAAGCCAUGGCCGCCAAAGAUCCAGCGUAUGUUGUCGUCCUCGACCAGGGGUCUAUAGCAGCACCGCCCGUGGUUGAUCUGCAGUCCACGAAAUCUUUAAUCAUCGACCACCAUUUGAGUGACCACUUUCCAGAAGGUGCUCAGGUGGUCUCCGCCUGUCAUUACCCACCGGUCUCAACAUCGUCUCUCCUCACUUACGAGAUCUGUAAGACUCUUGCUCCGGAUAUCGCCGCCUCCUGUGCGUACCUUGCUUGUAUUGGCACUCAUGGUGAUCUGGGAAACACCUUGAAGUGGUCCCCUCCAUUUCCAGACAUGAAAGAAACAUUCAAGGUAUUCACCAAGAAAUCCAUCAAUGAUGCAACCUCACUCGUCAACGCACCCAGGCGAACCGCUAAAUAUGACGUUAUCAGUGCCUGGACCGCUCUCCUCGCAUCAAAGGACCCCAAAGACCUGUUAAGAAAUGGCCGCCUCCAGAGUGCCCGUGCAGAAAUAAACGAAGAAGUCGAGUUGAACACGCAUACUCCUCCAAAAUUCAGCCUGGAUGGACGAAUUGCUGUCCUGAGGAUCAACACCCCAGCGCAGGUCCAUCCGGUCAUCGCCACUCGGUGGGCCGGUUUUCUGAACUCAAAAGCUUUGGAAAUAGUUCUCUGCGCCAACUCAGGCUAUCUCCCUGGGAUGGUCAACUUCUCUUGUCGCAUCGCCCGAUGCGCAAGGUCGAGGGAUCCACCUGUGAAUAUCAUUGACAGCUUGAAAGCUGCUGCGGACCUCUCCACCGACGGCCUGAGAGACAGGCUCGGAGAGAGCUUUGCCAGAGGUCAUAAAGAGGCAAGCGGAGGGAUCGUGCCUGCCGAAGCCUUCGAGGAGCUGAUGACCUUACUCAGAAUUGGCGAAAAACCAGAGAAGAAUAAUGACAAUGCGGAUGAGCCGAAGGCAAAGAAAGUAAAGACCAUUGAAAAGAGUCCACAGAAAAACACACUCGCAAACUAUUUCCGGAAACCAUGA